UAAAUUUUCUCAUUUGAUGUCCUUGUGACGUUGAGUGCUCUUCAGAAGUCAGAGACCGAUCUGUAGUUAUCUUCCUGGAGAUCUGAUUUUCUUCACUGCACUUGUUCUAUUCAGUACUCGAUAUCCCCAUCAGCACCAGGUGUCAAUUUUAUUAGGAAAGAUAUCGGAUCUAACCAUCAAAUGAAGAAAGAUAUGCAGGAUCAGGAAGGGGAUGUGGCUGAUGCAGAAAAAGAAACAUUGACAUCUGUUCAAACGUCUGAAGUUGAUGACUGGAAAAAAUACAAGGAUGAUGAUAUUAUGCAACAGCACUCUGCCAUACAGGCUGAACAAGCUGUAAAAAUUCCAUUUGUUGGUGAUAAGGAACCUUUAUCUUCAUUAGAAGCUGAAUACCAUCUGGGAAAUUCAAUUGUGCUGAAGAAAAUAAAGGUGCUGAGUGAACAAUAUGCUGCCAUUAGAAGAACGCGUGGAGAUGGGAACUGCUUUUUCCGCAGUUUCAUGUUUGGUUACCUUGAGCACAUUCUGGAAUCACAAGAUCACAAUGAAGUUCAUCAUAUUAAAGCUAAUAUUGAGGAAUGCAAGAAGACACUUCAAAGUUUGGGCUAUGCAGAAUUCACCUUUGAAGACUUUUUUGCAUUAUUCCUCGAGCAACUUGAUAGUGUUCUUCAAGGUAGCGAAGAUUCCAUAAGUCAUGAUGAACUCCUGUGCAGAAGUCGUGAUCCGUCAAUUUCGGACUAUGUUGUUAUGUUCUUCAGAUUUGUAACAUCAGGUGAAAUAAGGAAGCGCUCUGAGUUUUUCGAACCAUUUAUACUAGGACUAACAAAUACCUCAGUGGAGCAGUUUUGCAAGUCAGCAGUGGAACCCAUGGGUGAAGAGAGUGAUCAUGUGCAAAUUAUAGCCCUAUCAGAUGCAUUGGGUGUACCAAUCCGUGUUGUAUAUCUUGACCGAAGCUCAUGUGAGAACAACAGCAUCAAUGUAAAUCACCACGACUUUAUUCCUACUAGCGGCAAGGUUGGGAAUAGUGGUGUUUCCAAGACCACAAAUCCAUCUAUCACCUUGUUGUAUCGCCCAGGACAUUAUGACAUUCUGUACCUUAAGUGAUGUUCUUCAGCCAGCACUUCUUAGCUUGUUUCAUUUAGUUUGUGAAAACAAUCUGACAGUGCAAACUUUGCUUAUAGACAUUGACAUGUAUGAUCAAUGGGUAUAGAAACUUGUGUCACCAAAUCCUCUAACCUAUCAAUAAUCUGACUUCAUUGAUCA